AAGUAAACCAUGCAUUUACUUCCUGGUAUUCAAAUUUUAUUUUUAUUUUCAUUUUCUUGUUUUGUUGAUUCUGUUAUAGUUGAAACUUCUCUUGGCAAACUGAAUGGAGAUCAAAUUGGCAACUUUCACUUGUUCAAAAAAAUACCGUUUGCGAAGCCUCCGCUGGGGAAAUUACGGUUUCAGAAACCGCAACCUGCCGAAACAUGGAAUGGCGUUAGAAAUGCAAAAGACUACGGACCAGCAUGCAUGUCAAACUCAUCGACAACAAAAACUGUUCAGAAAUGGGUUGAUGAAGACUGUCUUCACUUGAAUAUAUUCACAUCUGAAACUUGUUUGAAAUCUAAAAACUGUGCAGUCGUAAUAUAUCUACACGGAGGAAAUCUGCAUUAUGACUCGGCUGUAAUGUUCAACGACACUUUCCUUCUACACACGUAUGCCAGCCAAGAAAUAGUUUUUGUGAUUCCCGCUGUUCGUCUUGGUAUAUUUUCUCAUUUUGUGGUAGAAGAUCAAAGUAUUGCUCCAAACAAUUUAGCUCUAUUUGACAUGCUUCAAGCAAUGGAAUUUGCCAAAUCGGAUAUUCAUAAUUUUGGAGGGAAUAAUAAAAGGACAACUCUUUUGGGGCACUCGUAUGGAGGAACGGUUGCGUCUAUGUUGAGUUUUAGUACCAAAGUGAAUACAGAUCUCAGUCUAUUCCAACAAUACAUCAGUAUGUCAUCACCUACUAACUUUGAUACUUUGGAACUUCAAGUUGAAAGAACUUAUCGAUUUGCGGAACAUGCAAAUUGUCUUCCAAAGAAUUCGAAAUUUAUGAGGAAAAAUCAAAAAGAAGUAUACAUGAGAGACUGUUUAAAAAAGAAGAGUGCUUCUGAAUUACUCAGAAUUCAACGAAGUCUUGAAGAAGCUGGAUAUCCAGUUUAUGGAGGAUCCGUCAUGCGAGGGCCUAUUUUUCAAGAAGUUCUGGAACGAGAUUUUAUGGAUUCUCCGAACAAUAUCACAUCUUUAACAGGAUGUACAAAAUAUGAAUCUUUAGUUUAUGAUCACUAUCGUAAUAUGGGAAAAGCUUUGGGAUUUGAAAACUAUGAAGAAGUCAAUGAAAAGUAUCGAAGUGAUAGCAAGGAAGGAAAAAUAGAAUUUGAUAACGUAAAAAAUGCAACUCAAAUAAUGCUGAUUCAAAUUAGGACGAGAGUAAAUAAAAUAUUAAAAAAGAACAUUCCGGCGUAUCACUACGAGUAUGCUUACCCGAAACAUGCCAAUCAUACAGAUGAUCUCUUUUUCAUAAUGGGCGUUCAUCCUUUUAUUCAAGACGAAAAUGAGAUUAAGCUAGGAAAUUUUUAUAGAAGCAUGUUUUUAAACUUUAUCAAAACCGGGAACCCGGGAAAUGGAUGUGAUGGUGCAAAUUUGAAUGGAUCAACAUAUUUUGAAGUUAAUUGGAAUGAAACUACCGGAGAAAGACCAGUGAUGAAAAAUAAUUUUGAGCAAAAGAUACUGGAUUACUGGACCAAAAAUAUGAUAGAAUUCGAUCGAGAAGUAUCAUUAUUAAGAAACAUUAAAUCUCGGAGACAACCAGCAUCAAGAGUUUUUUCAGCAUAUUACAGCUUUAUGUCAUUUCCUCAAACUCUAUUUAUUUUGUUCAUUAUUUUCUCAUCGUUCGCUACAGGAUAUAUAGCUUCAAGAACUUGUAGUAUUGCUGAUCACGACAGAAGUUUAUAUGUCCGAUUAGAUGGAACGGAUUAUCCAAUUAAAAAUUAGAAUGUGUGUACAUUGUUUGAUUGUAACUAUUUGAACUGUUUUCCAAGCCAUUCCCUACUUGCCAUUUUCAAAUGUUUGAAUUCCUGAAACAACUAUAUUUCCGACGUUUCAAUAUCAUCAAAUGUUGCCAAAAAUCUUGAAUACUUCCUUGUCGAAACUUUUUUUUGUGUCAAUCGUAAUUUUUCAAAUAAACACGUUAUCACUGCUC